AAUCGUUUAGUUUUAGAGAAAAAAAACACCUCAUAUCGAUUGAACACUUACCCAUAUUAUACCUGCGUGUAAACGUUAUCAAUAGUUAAAUACACACUAUUAGUAUAUUAUGUUUUAGCAGAAUCAUUGAAUACUAGUUGAACAAUUUAUUCGUUUAUUAUUAUUAUUUUAGUACAUUACGUGGCUUAUAAACUACUUUACAGUCGUAUUUUCCGUUUCCGUGUGCGCAUAACCAGUUUUUCUUGAUCGGUACAUGUUACAGAGGAACCGGGAAAAUGAAUCAGAAAAAAAAAAGCGAUCAAUAAUAAUAAUAAUUUUAUUCACAAUCGCAUAUAAAUGCGACAAUGUGUGUUUGCACAGUGCGCACAUACGUACCGAGCGCGAAGAACUCAACUCAUCGCCGCGAGUAGAAAAUUGUUUGCGAAGUCACAUUUUUUGCCCCGUUAAUCAUAAAUACAUAAUAUAUUCUUUUCAAAUUGUUCACAAGCACUCACAAUUUGGACGAUUUACAAACGAGGUGAAUUCAAAAGACAUUGUCGCCGUAUAAUUCACCCUCCGACUUAACCAUGGCGGUUGCAUUGAACGCAAUUCAAGGAUUUUUCGACAACUAUGGAGAUCCUCGUACCAAGGAUUGGUUUUUGAUGAGCAAUCCUCUUCCUACGGCACUAAUAUGCGCUACUUAUGUGUUCACCGUCAAAGUUGCGGGACCGCGAUUCAUGGCCAACCGCAAACCCAUGGAGUUGAGGAACGUACUUAUCGCUUAUAAUCUUUUCCAAGUUAUAUUCAGUUCUUGGCUGUUUUAUGAGUGUUUGAUGGGCGGCUGGUGGGGUGAAUAUAGUCUCAGCUGUCAACCGGUAGAUUAUUCGGAUAAACCGUCCACAGUAAGA